AUGUCCGAAAACGUUGAACUUCAGCAGUUGGUCGACGAAGAUUUUGAAGAGGAAUUCAAAAUCCAAGAACCAAAACCUUGUUGCCGCUGUCCCUAUUUAGGACUAAUCUUAGCUACAUUAAGUUCGCUAUUUUUUUCAUUAUGUUCUGUGAUCGUUAAAUGGAUGACUGAUGUACAUCCUAUGGCUUUAGCAGCUUAUCGGUAUUUGGGGGUGCUUUUGCCAGCAAUACCGAUUAUAAUAUAUAGGGAAGAAAAAGUUUUUCCCAAAGGAAAACGUAUAAUGUUACUCUUAAGGUCCUUUACUGGCACAGUAUCGUUAAUGCUGAGUUUUUAUGCCUUUCGACAUAUGCCUCUUGCCGAUGCCUCUGUAAUAGUGUUCUCUGUCCCUGUCUUUACAGGUAUUUUUGCCAGAAUGUUCUUAAAAGAACCCUGUGGGUUAUUUAACGUAUUUUCAGUGAUUCUAACUUUAAUUGGAGUUGUAUUAAUAACAAGGCCUCCUUUGCUAUUCGGAAAUACUAUAAAUUCACUUGGUGAUAAUGGUCAGAAGACUGAAAUGUGGGGUGCAGUUGCAGCAUUUUCAGCCACAUUAUUUGGGGCCAAUGCCUAUGUUUUACUAAGGGCUUUAAAAGGAAUACAUUUUUCUGUUAUUAUGACAAACUUUGGUGCAUUUGCAUUUAUUCAGUGUCUUCUUGUUACAGUUUUGUUGGGUGCUCUGUGCUUACCCUCUUGUGGGUUAGAUAGAUAUCUUAUAGUAGCCUUGGCAGUUUUUAGUUUUUUGGGUCAAAUUCUGCUCACAGUAGCAUUGCAAAUGGAGCAGGCAGGUCCUGUUGCUAUUGCAAGAAGUAGUGAUAUUGUUUUUGCUUUCAUAUGGCAAGUAAUGUUUUUCAAUGAAGUACCAAAUCGGUUUUCUGUUGGUGGUGCUAUAUUGGUUUUAAGUUCAGUGCUGUUAAUUGGACUCAGAAAAUGGGUUUUAGCUUUGCCUUAUGAUGCUAAAUUGAGAAGGAACCUGAGUUUCUUGACAAAAUAA